UGCCAUUUGCUGGGUUGAGCUCAAUGCGCCUUCACCAACGUCGAAGUGACCCGCCAUGGGCUGCGGCUCUUCUUCACGGGCGCAAGUACAGCAGGAUCCAGAUGCGGUGGUACCAAACGCGCCCUCCAGUGGAGAUGAGAAAAAUGCAAACCUGCCAGAGUGCAGACUUCGAAUUUUCCACAUCAACGACGUUUAUAGAUUAGACAAUUUGCCAGUGCUACGGAGCUGUAUAGAUGCUAGGAGUGAGGGUGUGAAUGUGCUGACAACGCUGGCUGGGGACUUUGUAGCACCUUCACUCCUUUCCUCAAUCGACCAUGGACGGGGAAUGGUCACCGCCCUGAACGCCAUCCCUGUACAAGCAGUUUGCUUCGGCAACCACGAGUGCGAUAUUCCCUUCCGCAGCUUGGUGUCCCGCAUCAAAGAGUUCAACGGUGUUUGGCUGAACUCGAACAUGCCAUCCAUGUUGGAGGAAUCUGAACUAGAUGGACAACUUGCAGAACACCAGUUGCUGAAGCUGGAUGGUGGCAGAUCAGUGAUUUUGACAGGCUUUUGCGUGGGCGGAGGUCGUUUCUCGUGGUUGUACAGGAAGAACGCCUUCAACGGUCAUGCGGACCGGAUUACGCCUGUGCUGGACGCAGUCGAUGAGGUAGUCUCAAAGGCAUACACUGCAUAUCCUGAAGCCGAUUGUGUAAUCCCGUUGACUCAUCAGGACUUGCCAGAAGACAUAGAAAUGACCACACGUGGGCACGACUUCCCAGUAAUCUUGGGUGGACAUGACCACGAUGUUGUUUGCGAAAAACAUAAUGGCACACACAUUGUGAAAGCCGGUGAGGAUGCACAGAAUGUUGCUGUGAUCGACCUCGUUUGGGAGCAAGGGGCUCCCAAAAACUCGCCUCCAAAGGUAACUGUGGAGCUCAUCCCCUUGGAGCCUGGGCCGUCAGUAGAGAGCGUUGCUUACGAGGCAGAUCCAACGAUGCAAGAAUCCAUUGAGCUUUUGCAGAAGCCAGCGAUCGAACUGCAGUUGGCCACCUUGGCUGCUAUCCAUUCACCUCUAGAUGAUCCUCUCAGCUCCGUUGGGGUGCGUUUCCAUGAGUGUUCCAUGGCGACCUUGCUCGCCAGCUCAUUGCGAGAAGUAGGUGGAGCUGAUGGCGCUUUGAUGAAUGCUGGUAGCAUACGUGGAGAGAAGGUUUACCCUGAUGGUAAGAUCCGAUUUGCUGACCUUGCUGCGGAGGUUCCCUUUCCAUCUACUUUGAUCGUGGCUCGCAUUCCAGGCGCUGUUUUGACCAAGGCAGUCGCCCAAAGUAGAGCCCCCUGGCAUGGAGCAGAAACUCCGCGAGCUGGAGCUCCAGCUGGAUCUACCUCUCACGCUCUCCAUUUUGAUGAUGGCAUAAAGUCGGACCCAAUAUCGGAGGAGCUCAUAGAAGUUGCUGGUAAGCCCUUCGAGCCAGACUCCAUGUACGACAUAGUCAUUGACAGCUUCUUGAUGCACAACGAUGCUGUACUGAAAGAGUAUAGCACAGCUCAUCCUGAACAUGUCCCAUCUGAAGAAACUGGACGGCCGGCUCUUCCUAUGUUAGUACAAUACUUCUGUGACAAGGUUUGGUGCAGUCUUUGUGACAUAGACGGCGAUGGUGAAGUGCAGAUCGAGGAGGUUGACGAGUUUUUCGACUUAGCGGACACUGACGGGAACGGAAAGCUUGAUGUGGACGAGCUUAUGGUUGCAAUGUCCCUCAAGCUGGGUGAUUUGGAUGUGACUAAAGUGUUAGCUCAGCAAUGCGUGAGCCUGGCAGAUGAGGAUGGGGAUGGUAAGGUGAGCAAGGAGGAGUUACAGAAGUUCAUGAAAGCAGAGGCAGCAGCGCGAACAAAUCGAACGAUUUGAAGCAAUGCUACCAGGGUUGGGCAAGCUGUGUUAAGGAUGGGUUCAUACACUUGCUUCAAUUGAGAAACACGUUGAAGGGGCCCAACCCUGCUUUGCAACGACACCAAUUUUCAUAGGCUUUAGCCUCCGACUAGCCUGAUGAUGCCCAAGGAGGUUGGAUCUUCAAAAUGUUUUUUCGCAUUCCAAUUGAUUUGAUGAUUCGCUGCAAGACUCAGGAUCCUACCUCAGGAGCAUUGCUUUCAUGCACAAAGCCCAAGGCUUUCCAGAUUUUGUAUUUUUUGAAGGUAUUUAGGGCUCCAAAUAUUGGAGAUCUUAAAAUAUCCUUCGAAUAA